CCCCCUCCUCCCUCCUCCUCCCUCCUCCCACUUAAUCCUGGGGGUCAUCAGGUCGCUGGCGGAUCUGACUCAUAUUAAUAUUAUGCCACAGGCGUCUCUUCUUCUGGGGUAGAAUGGACCAGCGCCGAGAGCCACUCUGGCAGUGGCCUUCCAGCUCCUCUGCUUCCGCCUUUGCCGGAGGGGACGAGACGGAAGAGACUGAACCUGAAGAUACCCCUGUUGAUCCGGGCGACUCUCCGCACACCAUCCCCAGCGAGCACUACCCCUCGCGUACGUGUCGCAUCUGCCUGGAGACGGUGCACCCCACCUUUCCUCCGCCCUCUGAGCAUCUGCCGGGCUUCCUCCAGCCUCGACAGCGCGUGGUCUACGAGUCCUCCGACCCGGAGUCGGGUCGACUACUGCGCCCCUGCAAGUGCAAAGGCUCCUCCCGUUAUGUGCACGAGGGAUGCCUGCGGCUGUGGCGCCAUGCGGACCCCGGCUAUGGCAAUCGGAACUUCUGGCACUGUCCGACCUGCGGCUUCCAAUAUCGCCUAGAGCGCCUCCGGUGGGCGCGCUGGAUCAGUAGCCCGCUGACGCAGCUCGGCUUGACCCUAGUCGUCUUAAUGUUUACUGUAUUUUUGCUUGGUUUCAUUGCUGACCCCAUCAUUAACCUCUACCUGGACCCUCUGGAUCCCACCCUCCCGCUGGACCUGUGGGACCAUCCGCCGGAAGAUCCGCGCGCCUCCUGGACUGAGCACUUCGUUAAGGGUCUGGCCUCACUGGGGUUCCUGUCCUUCAUCAAGGCCGUGUUCGCCUUGUCCUCGUGGCAGGGCUUGACGCUGCGCGGCACGGGGUUCCUCGGCGGUGGCCGCAAUACCGGACGGAACCGCGUCGCGUGGCUGGUCAUUAUUAUCGGGGUUGGUAGCUUUCUUUGGGCGGUGUACAAGGGCGUAAGGACCUGGAGCUGCCGGGCAUUAGAAAAAGCGGGCGAGAAGGUCAUGGAUGUGACGUUGCCGGACGACGACGAGGAGAAGUCCGAAAGUAAGAAGGAAGAUUGAUCAGCAUACCUCGCGACUCGUUUCGUUAGUUUAUCGCACUACUUUAAGUUGUCACGCUCCUGUCAGUGGGGUGCCAAUUAGUCAAUGUGCGAAGAGCGACCUGACCCUCGGGAGUCCGACCACGCCUGCUAAGCGGCUCAACAGGGGAACGUUUUGUUCUUUCUGGCGGCUGCUUUUUCCACCAGGCCGGUCUGGACGGAGGGCGACCUGCAGCUUCGAUCCGUAUAGGCGCUCCGUCAGCUUGCUGUCGGUCUGCUCGGGGCGUUUUGCCCGGGGCGUUUUCCGUGAGCGUUUUCGAUCCAUUGCAGUACACUAGCGUAUACCCUGUUAAUAUUAUUGUUAUCAUUAUCCAA